AUGGCGGCGCUGUGGCGGGCGCGCCCGUGCCUGGCACGCGAGUCUCGGCUUUGCCGUACAGUGCGGGCCUUGUCUUCAGGGAAGAGCGAGUAUGAUCUUUUGGUCAUUGGCGGAGGAUCGGGAGGCCUCGCUUGUGCCAAGGAAGCAUCCCAAUUUGGAAAGAAAGUGGCUGUCUUGGAUUAUGUGGAUCCUACCCCUAAAGGCACCAAGUGGGGGCUUGGCGGGACUUGUGUGAAUGUUGGUUGCAUCCCUAAGAAGCUGAUGCACCAAGCCGCUCUUCUUGGAAGUGCCCUCAGAGACGCCCGGCAUUAUGGCUGGCAUAUGCCCUACCCUGCAAAGCAUGACUGGUCUACGCUGGCAAAAGCUGUCCAGAACCAUGUGAAAUCCUUGAACUGGGGCCACAGAGUGCAGCUGCAGGACAAGAAAGUGAAGUACUUCAACCUGAAGGGCAGUUUCUUGGACGAACGCACGAUUCGUGGGUCAGCAAAAGGAGGCAAAGAGGUUUUUCUCACAGCAGAAAACAUAGUCCUUGCCACCGGUGGGAGGCCUAAAUAUCCUGAAAAUGUUGCAGGAUCCCGGGAACAUGGCAUUACCAGUGAUGAUAUCUUUUGGCUAAAAAAAUCUCCUGGGAAAACGUUGGUUGUUGGAGCCAGCUACGUUUCCCUGGAGUGUGCCGGCUUCCUCACAGGCCUCGGAUUGGAUGCUACGGUCAUGAUGAGGAGCAUCCCACUGCGGGGCUUUGACCAGCAAAUGGCCACCUUGGUAACGGAUUACAUGGAAAGCUACGGAACCCGAUUUCUGAAGAAAUGCAGCCCGAUGAAAGUAAAGAAGGCUGAAAAUGACAGGCUGCGUGUGACCUGGAAGUAUCUUGAUUCUGGCAAAGAGAAAACAGACGAAUUUGACACGGUUCUGUGGGCCGUAGGCCGAGCCCCUGACACCAAAGCCCUUAAUUUGGAGUCUGUUGGAGUGAAAAUAAACUCAGCGACGGGAAAAAUAAUUGUUGAUGAGGGAGAAGCUACCUCUGUCCCUCACAUUUAUGCAAUCGGAGACAUAACAGAGGGGCGCCCUGAGCUAACACCCACGGCAAUCGCUGCGGGAAAACUGCUGGCUCGGAGGAUGUUUGGCCAGUCUGAGGAACUAAUGGAUUAUGACAAUGUGCCUACAACAGUUUUCACUCCUCUGGAAUAUGGCUGCAUAGGUCUCUCAGAAGAAGAAGCUGUGAGGCGAUUCGGAGUGGAUAAUUUAGAGGUGUACCAUGCAUUUUACAAGCCACUGGAGUUUACGGUAGCCGAGAGAAAUGCUCCUCAGUGUUACAUAAAAAUGGUAUGCUUGCGCGAGAGAGAACAGCGAAUUCUCGGCCUGCAUUUCAUUGGUCCAAAUGCCGGCGAAGUUAUUCAGGGAUUUGCCCUUGGAAUCAAGUGUGGGGCUACCUAUUCACAAAUGAUGGCGACGGUUGGGAUUCAUCCGACGUGUGCUGAGGAAGUCACCAAGCUGCACAUCACCAAGCGGUCAGGUGCCGAUCCCACCGUCACCGGCUGCUGAGGUUAGCUGCCAUCCCUGGAUAGUAAUUGGAAGAGCACUUGGCAGAAGGGAUCUGAAGAAAGAGGCAGAGGAGCCAUUGCAGUCAUUGCUUCUGGUUGUUGGUGGUCCACGUCCAAAGAGGCUGUGGGGGUGCAGCGAUGUCCUUCUCCUCUCUUGGGACCACCAAGCUAUCGGGCGGCUCUGGCGGCAGCCAAGAGAGUGGAGGACUCUACCUGAGGACAUGGAGGGCGUGGUCCCAAUCCACUGAAUCUCUGCAUUCCUCCCUUUGGGUUGCCAGCACAUCUUUCUCGUGGUCGGGAAUCUUGGGAUGGUCUCCACUCAGGCUCUUCAGAGACUGAACGCGCCUUUGGAAUUCCAGCCAACAGGUGGGUGAUGGCGAGACGCUUCCUCACUUCCACCUCAGCCCUUCCUGGACACCGAUGGGCUGCACCUGAUGGCAAAGGUGGUGGACUUUCAGGUGGACUUUCGGAUGGACUCUGUCUUGGUGCUCUCCAGGGAUGGCCCCUCUGUAACCGAAUCGGCCGGGCAAAUGUCAAAGGGUCUGGUGGACGGUUCGGAUAAUUUGGUGUGUGUUCAAAGCUGGGAAAAAACGAAAUGCAGCCAGGCCAGCUGCCCACUGGGUCCCACCUAAUGAUGGCUUGUGUAUUAAACCACAUGUUGGGGUAGACAAGCCUGAGAAAACCCUGGUUCCUCCAGUGGAAAUGAUUUUCAUUUUAUAUUUACUGUGGCCGGGAUCAGGCAAAAAUAAAGUACAUUUUCCCACCUA